AUGGCUGAGGAUGGAAUGCUUCUCAAUUUUAGCCUGGACGAGAGCAUAAUCAAACCCCAGCAACGCUUUAAAGGUGGGACGUGGAAAGAUCGCCUAGUCGCAAAAAAGAUUGCUGUCAAGCGACAAAACAAAAGCGGGGAGACAGCAGGAAAUCCGAAGAGCGAUAUUCAGAAUCCUAAUAAAAUCAGUGUCCUGGCAAAUCAGCGGCCCGCAAAGCGCCGCAGAGUGGACGGAGGAGAUUUCAAGCCUACACCCAAACCAAUAUUUGGAGGCGGAUCUACGAAUAAUGAACAAGCUGACCGCGGCACACUUGGAGAUAGGCAGGUUAUUUCCUCGCUAUUCACCUACAACCCAGUUGCCAAGAAUGAUUCUGCAGAGGUGAAAAUCCAGAGCCAAAAUACAGAGCCGCCCAAGCCCUCGAAUGCACCUCUCGUUGAUGGGAUUGAUACAUUUACUUCCCUUGGUCUAUCUACUGGCUUAGCAACACAUCUCUUAACAAAGCUAAACCUAAAGACCCCCACUGCCAUUCAGAAGAGUUCAAUACCUCAGCUGCUGAAGGAAAAAGGCGAUGCCUUCCUACAAGCCCAGACCGGUUCUGGCAAGACCUUAGCUUACCUCUUACCUGUCGUCGAGCACCUUAUCAGAAUUUCAAGCCAUAACAAAAAAGGAGACAGUGAUAUAGUCCACAGGGACUCGGGGUUGUUUGCCAUUGUACUGGCGCCAACAAGAGAACUCUGCAAACAAAUAUCUAUCGUGCUAGAUAACUUACUCCGUUGCGCUCAUUGGAUUGUGGCAGGCACCGUAAUUGGAGGAGAAAAGAAGAAGUCUGAAAAAGCGCGGUUGCGUAAAGGGUUGAAUAUUUUGGUCGCCACACCCGGCCGAUUAGCAGAUCACCUGGAAAAUACGAAAGUGCUCGAUGUUAGCAACGUCCGUUGGCUUGUGCUGGACGAAGGUGAUAGAUUGAUGGAUCUGGGCUUUGAAGAUGAGAUUCUUGGAAUUAUAAAGAAAUUGGAUGAGAGACUAAAACCAGCCACAAUACGUAACCUACCGGCGAAGAGAACAACUAUUUUAUGCUCGGCAACUUUGAAAAUGAAUGUGCAAAGACUGGGAGAAAUCAGCUUGACAGAUGCAUUACAUAUUAAAGCAGACCCUACUGACGAGGAUGAUGAAAUAUCUGCUGAAAAUGGCUCGCGAAAAUCUGAAUUUUCGGCUCCUGCGCAACUGAAGCAAUCGUACGCAGUAGUUGCCGCGAAGCUUCGGUUGGUGACCCUUAUGGCCUCGCUAAAACGGACCUUUGCACGUAAGGGUUCGGUUAUGAAAGCGAUUGUUUUUGUCUCCUGUGCAGAUUCUGUGGACUUCCACUUCGAGGCCUUCACCAGGCCUCCUCAGAGUAAAGACCUGAUUAACGAGAAUCAACCCAAAAAGGAAUCGGAUGCUAAAAAUACAAAUCUCUGCAAUACUAUUGCGACAGCAACUGCCUUUUCUAAUCCUUCUAACCCUGUUAUCUUACAUAAAUUGCACGGCUCUCUACCACAACACGUUCGAACAACGACUUUAACAGCAUUUUCUCGGCAGAAAGAUGCCUCUGUCCUGAUUUGCACAGAUGUCGCAGCCCGUGGUCUAGAUUUACCUAACGUUGAUCUUGUUAUCGAAUAUGACCCUGCGUUUUGCUCUGACGAUCAUCUCCAUCGUAUCGGCCGCACAGCACGUUUGGGCCGUGAUGGCCGUGCGCUAAUAUUUCUUCUGCCUGGCCCAGAAGAAAGUUACGUUGAUAUACUGAAGGGUAGCUAUCGAGAAGGUAGUGGAGGUGCCGUAACAAGAAGUGACGCUAACGAGAUACUAAAGCGUGGUUUUGGAGGGAACAAUGACACUACUAGUAAAGGGUGGGAAGAUUCGGCCACUGAAUGGCAGCUGGAUAUUGAACGUUGGGCACUCGAAAAUCCAAACAUUUUAGAGAUGGCUAGAAGGGCCUAUCAAUCCCAUAUACGUGGGUACGCAACCCAUGUUGCUGCUGAACGGCACAUAUUCAACAUCAAGGACUUGCAUUUAGGUCAUUUGGCGAAAAGCUUUGCCUUGCGAGAUAGACCUGCCAAAAUUAAUGUUCCUGGCUUGAGGCCGGGUAAAGAGGACACAAAUAAGUCGUUUAAAGAUUCUCGCCAACCUGCAACCGGUGAGAAAAAACGUUCUUCUACACGAUAUGACGCUGUUUCCACGACAGAUACAGCUGAAGCGAUGAGGAAAAUGCGGCGAAAGCUGAAGGAGCAUAUGGCUGGGGCAAGCGAAUUUAAUAUUGCUUAA